CAUUUUUAGUACUCGCUUUCAGUCAUGUCUGACAUUUUCGAGUGAUUUUUAUUGCGAUUUUUAGUUUUUAUCGCAAAAACGAUAAAAAUACGGAGUUUUAAGCAAUAGCAAUAGCGAAGAAAGCCUAAAAAGUGCCCCAAGUAUCCAUUUGCAAUUGAAUUUGUGCGACCCAGUGGCCGCAGAACGGGAAAUCCGGUUGAAAGUACCAAACGCGAUACCUCCCUUUGGUGGCCAGUUUUGGGGUCCUUGUGCGUUUGCUGCGCAAAAAAGACGCGAAUACUGCCCAGUGCCAUACGCACAUCAUCUGUGUCGCGGGGAAUUGCGUGAAAAUUGGCCAAAUAGAUGGAUAGAAGUAGUUGUGGAGUGCGAGAGGCGAGAUUCUAGUGAGAAAGACGCUCUGCCCCCAAGAACUGUCAUAUGGAACAAAUGAGAAUGGCUAAGGAUUACGACUAUCUGCUGAAAGUGCUGCUGGUCGGGGACAGUGAUGUGGGAAAACAUGAGAUUAUCUCAGGCCUGGAGGAUGGUUCAUCUGAGAGCCCCUUCUGCAGUGGAAGCGGUAAGAAAUUUUCAAGAUUUCCUCAAAAUUUACAGAUUAGCAGCUACCCUUUCCAACCCGUUGCAGCCUACAAAACAACUACGAUCCUUCUGGAUGGGAAACGGGUGAAGCUGCAGCUUUGGGAGACAUCCGGUCAGGGUAGGUUUUCCACCAUCAUUCGGUCGUACUCUCGCGGUGCCCAGGGCAUCAUUCUGGUGUACGAUAUUACAAACAAAUGGAGCUUCGACGGUAUCGGUCGUUGGCUGAAGGAAGUGGAGGAGCAUGCACCAGGAGUACCCAAGGUACUUGUGGGCAAUCGACUCCACCUGGCCUUCAAGCGACAAGUGGCAGCAAAGCAGGCGGAAUUGUAUGCGUCUCGCCAUAAAAUGGCAUGUUUCGAGAUCUCACCACUAUGUGACUUCAAUAUUCGUGAAUCUUUCUGUGAAUUGGCAAGGAUGGCACUCCAUCGGAAUGGUAUGGAGAGGAUUUGGAGAUCCAACAAAGUGCUCUCUCUUCAGGAAUUGUGCUGCCGAACAAUCGUCCGACGGACAUCCGUUUAUGCAAUUGACACACUACCUCUGCCACCGACUGUAAAGUCCCAUCUCAAGUCCUAUGCUCUCACCUCAUCCCAGUGCAUCAACACGCUCAUGAACAACUCAAAGAAUCGACGCGUGAAGACGCCAACACAGACCAACAGUACAAGGAACAGUUGCUGCAUAUCCUGAGGUGUUUCCCGUUCAUCAAAAUGGAAAACAAUCUCAGGCAAUGUGUGCUGCUGGGCAACAACAACAACAAAAUGUUAUAUAGGUAUGCUAGUGUAGGAAGUGUGUGAGAUACUGAAUUGAAUUGAGUGUGGAUUAUUGAAAGAAAGAAAGAAAAAAAGUAGAGAAAGAAAAAAAUGGAAUGUGAGAUAAUAAGAAACAUUACAACUCAAUUUAUUCUCAGUUUUUCUUAUUUUAGAGACACAAUAAUAACGAGAAAAGAGCAUAUUUUUGUAUAAUUAGAUUAAAGACAAAUAAAAUUGUUUUUAAAAAAA